CUCUACCUCCCCUCCCUUCGCAUAGUGCAGCGCCAGCCCUUUUGUGACUCACUGCAGUGUCUAACAGACCCACCUGCUGUAUUAUUAUUAUUAUUUUGUUUUACUCAUCCACUCUCUGGCUCAAAAAACAAACCUUCUGUGUAUGAUUUUUGAAUGAACAUUACAUCCCUGAGACCUAACCCCCGCAUUGGACACUUUAGCAACCCAAGGAAAUAAAACGUUUGUCUUAGUCGUCAGUCUUCCACUUCAGCGUGUUGCUAUCCACUCCCUGCAGCAGAUUGCACUUUUCACGAGAAACGUUGAUUUUCACCUGGACACAUCCUUUAUGACCAUCACAAAGAUGUCAUGGCGGCCUCAGUAUCGGAGCUCCAAGUUCCGCCAUGUUUUCGGUAAGCCUGCUAAUAAGGAGAACUGCUAUGAUGGGGUGCCCAUCACCAAGAGCGUUCAUGACAGCCAUUUCUGCACUGUAAAUCCCAGGUUCAUUGCUGUGGUCACCGAGUGUGCAGGAGGUGGAGCUUUCCUCAUCAUACCAAUUCACCAGACUGGAAAGAUCGACCCUCAUCACCCACGGGUCUGCGGCCACAGAGGAAACGUGCUGGACAUUAAGUGGAACCCGUUUGAUGACUUCUCCAUAGCUUCGGGCUCGGAAGAUUCAACUGUGAAAAUCUGGGAUAUUCCUAAACAUGGGAUGAUGAAGAACAUCACGACGGCCAAGAAGGAGCUUCAGGGGCAUUCCCGGAGAGUGGGGCUCAUUGAGUGGCACCCAACUGCUGGCAAUGUCCUCUUCAGUGCCGGAUAUGACUACAAGAUCAUGGUAUGGAACCUAGAUACUCCAGAUCAGAUCAUCAAGAAUCCUGUGAAAACGAUUAGCGUGCACAGUGAUGUGGUCCUCUCCAUGUCAUUUAACACGGACGGUAGUCUCCUAGCAACAUCCUGCAAGGACAAGAAACUAAAAGUCAUUGACCUGCACACAGGUUUUGUUUUGCAGGAAGCCAACUGCAAGUCCCAUAAAGCAAGCAAGGUUGUGUUUCUGGGCAACCUGAAAAAGCUCAUGUCAACAGGAACGUCAAGGUGGAACAACAGGCAAAUUGCACUGUGGGAUCAGGAUGACCUGUCCGUGCCUUUGCUGGAGGAGGAUCUGGACAGCUCUUCGGGGGUCCCGUUUCCUUUCUACGAUCCUGAUACCCACAUGCUGUACGUCGCUGGAAAGGGAGAUGGCAACAUUAGGUACUAUGAAAUCAGCUCCGAGAAGCCUUAUCUACAAUUCCUAGCAGAGUACCGCUCAUACUUACCUCAGAAAGGAAUGGGAAUCAUGCCAAAGAGAGGCCUGGAUGUCUCCUCCUGUGAGGUCUUCAGGUUUUAUAAACUAGUGACAACCAAAAGCCUUAUUGAGCCACUCUCCAUGAUCGUACCACGACGGUCCGAGUCGUACCAGGAGGAUAUCUACCCAAUGACUGCUGGAUCUGAGCCAGCAAUGACAGCAGAGGAGUGGUUCAGAGGGAUCCAUAAAGAUCCUGUAUUGAUGUCCCUGAAACCUGGCAGCAAAAACUCCCAGUCCAUUCCGCUGGUAACUGCCAGGGAACCGUUGAGCAUUCUAGAACCGAAAAGGUUUCAGAACUGCAUCGAGCAGUUGGAGGUGGCAGCGAUACAGGAGAGGUUGGAGCAGAAGGGGACGAAAGAGCAGAAGAGGCUGGAGGACAAGAGCAGGGACAAGACCCGGUCUGCCUUCUCCAAUGGCUGUAACCUGUCGGAAUGUGCGCCACCCAAAACUGAAAAUGAGCUGUUGCAGAUGUUUUACCAGCAACAGGAAGAAAUCCGACGGCUGAGAGAACUGUUAGGUCAGAGAGACGUCCGAGUGAAACAGCUGGAGCUGGAGAUCAAAAACAUCCGGAACUGCCCGGGGAGCUACUGAGAGAAAGGGACUGAAAUCCUGAAGCCAUUCUAAAGCAGCUGAAGAAAACAAACCAGAACCUGACUUCAACUGCUGUUUGUAUAAUUAUAUAUUUUAUAUUGCAAAAGAAAAAGAAAAACAACUAGAUUUUAAGCGGUACCUCUGGUACACCGUGCACAUUUUUUUUAAACUUGUUUUACAAUUGUGUACAUAUUUUCUGAUUUAUUAAUCAUGUCCAUGGUUUACGCAGCUGUUGUGUGAAUUUCUACUGUACUUCACAGACCCUGGGCUUCACAAGCCUGGUAUUACUGUUUUGUUCUUUUGUAACACGGUUAAGAAGUAGUUUCCUCACUUGUCUCAUUAUAUUAAGCUUGUCAUGCUUUUUUUUUUUUUUUUUUUUACGUUUUUCCAUACUGAAUAUAAUUUGAUCUCAAGAAUAUAUUAUAUUAGUAGUUGGGGCAAUUCAUCAAGCUAUUAAUAUAAAAAGUAUACAGGGCCGGGUGAUACGGGGGGUGCCGUCUUUGCGUUUCAGUUCCUAUCAGAUAACAGAGCAGCUUUAACCUGCUCCCAGGUGAAGAAUUAGUGGCACCUCCUUCUGUGAACUGGUGUUUGCCCUGUGGCUACAGACCAAACUGUUCUUCUAGGACUACAGCUUACUGAAUCACAGAACAGUGACGGGCUAGUUUAGCUUUAUUACACACCAGACCCUUAAUUAAUGUUACAGGUGAUGAUGAAAAUACAUUAAAUCAUUAAAAUAUGGGCCUCCCUUACAUACCUUUUACAGACAAAAAUGACUUGAAAGGGACUUGCAUGCAUUGUUAAGGUAUAUAAAAUAAGAGGACUGUAUUUUAAUGAUUUAAAGGGAAGGUGGCACUUGGAUCUGCUGCCUUAUAGAUUAUGGUAAACCGGCCAUAUUGUGUGAUAGACCUACCAAUAACAGCCACUCUUUGAUUAGUCUUGUGCUGUGCAGAAAAUUGUUCUGCCUGCUUGCUUGUUUGCAUCUGUUUUCCUUAAUUAUGCAGCAGGAUGUUUAACCAUACUUGUAUGCACUGCUUCACUGUAGAAAUCUGCAAAGGGAAGGUAAGCCUUUUUAAGUGCUACAGCAAUCAGUAUCGUAUGUCUGAAUCCGUUGCUUGAUUCAAAAUAAUAAUGGCACACGCACAUCAAUAUUUAAUUAUACCUGCUAUUAGCGCAUUUUUAAUUUGACUGGUAAAUUUAAACACACAUUUAAAAAGAAAUACAUAUUAUUAGACACUUGUACAAAAAAAGAUAUACCAUCUGUGUGUUGAUUCUUAGUGUAAUAUUUUAAUAUUGAAUAUAUGUACACAAUUUUAUAAAUGAAUACACUAUUUGCGUUUUUGGGAUUUUUGUUUAAAAAACAAAAUAAUGCAUGUAAUUUUUUUUUAAAAGAAUAAAAAAAUCUAAAUCUUUGUUUGCAAUCUGCAAGUCUUCCAAUACUGCCUGAUUCUUUUCCACAAGUAUCACAGUGCAACUGAACAUUGACAAUCCUACGUUAUUUAACUCAGAUUUGUAUCUUUUCUGGAUUAUUAUAAAGAAAUAUAUAUACUUUUGCUCUACUGUUUUUCUAUAAGCAACUUUUAAGCAGAGAGCUUUUUGCUUCUACACAUUUAAAUCAUCUUAGAAUGGUGUGGUCUAUGGGAAUUCUGUUUGCAAUCACUUAACUAAAACAUACAUGAACAAGACCCAGAACACAUGACACUAUAAUUGCCCCAACCCUUUCUGUUCCAAGGAGCCCAGAUGAGAAACCUGUUCCUCCAGCUUGACCAGCUGCUUUAUUAUGCUUCACUGCCCUGUAAAAACUGUUAAAUGGAUGCAUUUAGCAAGCAACGCAUAUGCUGUAGAUAUAGUCGUUAACAAGUCUUGAUUCAGUAGUGCCAAGCUGUAUCAGUGGCAUAGUUUCAGCAAAAGUGUUAAAUUAUUACUUUUUAGGAGCUUAAUGACAAUAGGGCUCAGUAAUAACGGUUUGGGGCAUGAAACUGAGAAUAGUAGUUCUGUACUUUUACAUUAACCUGGGAAAAAAAUGCCUUUAUUUCAUUAAAGAACUUUAGUUGAAAUAUGUAUAAUAUAUGUGCUACGGUAUAUGUGCUUUUAAAAUCAUUUUUAUUCACAAUUGUUCAUUAAAGAAGAUUUGUUUUAAUAUGUAGAAAUACA